CUAUCGAGCGGUCCUUUGAAUGCAUGUGGCGCGAUAUGAGAAAGUGACAAUUUCAUCCGGUGGAUUACCUUCAGAAAACAUGCUUUCCACUCAACAGAGCUGCUGGUUUAUCCGCAAGGUGGUUAGUUGGAGAGCUGCUGCCAGCAUUGCCUGGUCUGUUUUGCUGUUGCCACCCGCCACAGCUGUUUUUGUGAUCUUCAGCAAGUUCAGCCUCUUCCACCCCAUCCAGUCGACAUCAGAAUGCCUGUCACUGCUUACGAGUGCCAGUGCCAUCUUCUCCCAGAUCCUGCUGUGUGGCGUUGUCCUCAUAAUAGGUUUCCUGGAUUUUGAGUGUUACACAGUUAUCCCGACUGUGGCGUGUUCAAAGAUCGCACUGUUGGGUCAGCUGCUCCACCCACGCCAGCUGGCCAACUCCUUGGUGCACUGCAUCAUGGGAAUGAUCGUGGCGUGGUGUUGUGCCGUCAUCAUUGGGUUCAGAUACGAGUCUCUCGGCUACCCGUGCGCACAGACUGAUAGUCCUCCUCAGAUAUGUCUGAAUGAGUAUCAGCUCAUCCUCCUGCUGGCGGGAGCCUUUGUUGGUUUUUCUCACAGUGUUCUGGGUGUGAUGCACAACAUGAACUACGUCUCUUUCCCCACUGUUCAACAAUACAAAUACCUCCGCUUCAAGGGUUCCCUUCCUCUGGUUAUAAAGUGUAGCGCCAUUCAAGCACUUUAUUCUGUCAGGAACUACAUUGUUGUGUAUUUCUUCUUGGGAUACAUUCCAAGAGUGUGGAUCUGUAAAACCCUCAGUCUCCAGAUGAACAGCUCUGCUCACACUCUGGACAGCUUCUCCGGACUUCUGGACCUCUCUCUGCUCUAUCACCUCUGGCUCAGCGCCACCUUCUUCCUCUUCAUGCAGUACAUGACGCUGACGCUCUUCAGGAUCUUUGUCACUGAGGUGUACAGUUUUCCCGUGCAGUCGUCCUUUACUGAGGAGGCCUUCCAGUGUUUACCCAGAGUUCUCACUGACAGCCAGACAAUGAUAUUAAAGUUCCUGGCUCUGCAGGAUUUGGCUCUGUUGUCUCAACACUCCCCUGUGCGGCGCUGUGAAGUCUUCAGUCUGAGUCAGCCAGGGGGUCACCCGCACAACUGGAACGCCAUCAGUAAAGAGUGCCUGUCUCUCCUGACUGAUCUGACCCAGAGGCUCGUAGCUUAUCACGAUACUGUGGCGACCAACGGCCGAGCCAAAUCACUGUCGAGCGGGAGCGAGAAGAGGACUUCUUCUGAGUCUUCAGGAAGCUCCGGUUCAGAAGGUUUUACGAGCCCAAAGCCGACGUUCCCUCUGAAGACUCCAGCCUCGGUGUUCGCCCGCUCCUUCGCUGGCGGCCCUCUGACCCCGCCGACGGCCCCGUUCACUCCCGACCUGGACAGUCCGUUUGCCUCUCCCACUCUGCGCCGACUCACGGCGCCGGUGGAGCAGGGCUCGCCGUGGUACGGCAGCGUGCAGAGCCCCCACGUCAUGAGGAGAGCACCCAAACUCUGGUCCACCUCCACAGACUCGCAGGCCAACGGCAGCCUCCCUCCAUCCCCUGCAUCCGUUCCCAACCUGAAGCAGGAACCGUCCAAGCCCAGUUUUGUUACUCAGUUCCUCCAGAACAGAAAAGAACAGGUUAAAACUUUCUUGGCAAAGCGGGUGCUGAUAAUGUACUUGUUUUCUAAGCUCCCAGAAGCUUCCAGUCAGGCUCUGUUCGCCGACAGCCAGGCUCACAUCUGGGCUCUAGAAGGGCUGUCGUACCUCGUCCAAGCUUCCUUCUCAGAAGACCAGUUCGGGGUCGUGCAGACGACAUUACCCAGCAUCCUCAGCUGCAUGUUGGGCCUGCAAGAGGCUGUGGAUCGACACUUCAAGCUGCCUCACGCCUCCAGCAAGCCGGCCCGUCUGAGCAGCAGCAUGAGCGACUCCACCUACAAGACGCUGCGCUUCGCCCUCAGGGCCACGCUGAAGACCGCCAUCUACAGGAUCACCACCACCUUCGGGGAGCAUUUAAAGGCUGUUCAGAUGUCUGCGGAGCAUCGGAAACGACUGCAGCAGUUUCUGGAAUACAAGGAAUAACCAAGAACUCUGGCUUCUGUGCCGCAACAUUCUUAUGUGUGUGUUUGUGUGGGUGUGUGUGAAUGCAACAAGAGAAAGUCCAUGACGGUGCCUCUUUUAAUAUUUAUGCCAGCAGACUGUAUUUAAUACGUUGGAUCAUAUCUCAGAGGCUUCAGGCCGGAGCGGGAAGUGAAGCCGACUGUAGCCAACGCUCUGUCCAAAACAUUUCUUCAAGAAGUUAAAAACUGUGGAGUGAGCAGAUAAAAGGGCUGCUGGGUGUUUUUCCUCUGGGUUUUCUACUUAAGGUGCUGUUUUUGUAAGAAUAUAUUGUGCGUGAGAAAGAGAGCGAGCCAUCCGUGUUUUGUAAUGAGAUCUGGUUUUGUUGUAAACACCAGAGCAGAUCCUCGGCUCUGCGCCGCAAUCAGGUUUACGGACUUCACCUGCGUUUCUCCAGAGCCUUCGUCUGAACUGUCUGAUCGUCGGCACACACUCGCUGCUGAAAGUGUGAAUGUUUUGUCGCUGCCAGCACGAGUUUGAGUUCACUCAAAAGAUUUGUAAAUAAAACAAACGACUGCAAAC